AAGGAAGCUGAGGGUGGUAGUCAAUGCCGGUGGUAUUCAAUUCAAUAUUGUUCCUACUCAGAGUAGACCAACUGAAGUUAAUAGAGACGACUAACGCUGAGCGUGUGCGUAUUACUCUGAUUCCUCCCUCCCUUCUGUCUCUAUGGUACUGCGGGAGCGGGGGAGAAACGGAAGGAGCCUUUUGCCGGUGACGGAAGCGAGGAGGCGGCGCGGCUGCCGGCACUUCUAGUAGCUUCUAGGCGCGCGCGCGGAGUCGGGCGCUUGUCAUCGGCAGAGGCGGCUGCGGCGGCGAGUUCUUCGGAGGCGCUGAUGGCCAAGUGGGGGAAGGGAGAUCCGCGCUGGAUUGUGGAGCAGCGCGCGGAUGCCACCAACGUUAAUAACUGGCACUGGACUGAAAGAGAUGCAUCUAAUUGGUCAUCAGAGAAACUGAAAACUCUGCUUCUGGCUGUUAGAGCAGAGAAUGAAGAAGGGAUUUGUGAAGUGACAGAAGUGAGCCAAUUGGAUGGAGAAGCCUCCAUCAACAACCGUAAAGGAAAAUUAAUUUUCUUCUAUGAGUGGACUAUCAAGUUGGCUUGGACAGGCACUUCAAAUACAGGCGUGAAGUAUAAGGGACACGUGGAGAUUCCCAAUCUGUCAGAUGAAAAUGAGGUUAAUGAAAUUGAGAUCAGCGUUAGUCUUGCCAAAGAUGAGCCAGACACCAACCUGCUAACCUUGAUGAAGCAACAAGGUGUAAAACAGAUCAGCAAUGCUUUGGGAACUUACAUCAGCACUCUCAAAACAGAGUUCACCCAAGGCAUGAUCUUGCCCACAGUAAAUGGUGAACAGUCAGAGUUGCCACCUCAUCCUGUGCGUAAAGCAGAGGAGCGGAAGGCCACUGAAGCUGUAGCCGGCAACACACUUAAAUCCAAAUCAAUAGGAGUCAAGAUUCCUACUUGCAAGCUAAACCUGAAGGACGUUUUCUUAACAUCCCCCGAUGAACUGUAUAGAGUAUUCAUUACACAAGAGAUGGUCCAGGCUUUUACUCACUCACCUGCCUUUGUGGAGGCUGACAAAGGAGGAAAAUUCCAGCUGCUAGAUGGCAGUGUCACUGGCGAGUUCACUGAACUAGUUCCUGAGAAGCAGAUUGCUAUGAUGUGGAGAUUUAAGUCAUGGCCAGAGGGACACUUUGCAACCAUCAACUUGACCUUCAUCGACAAAGUUGGUGAAACAGAAGUCCGCCUGGAAGGGAGGGGCAUCCCAGCCAGCGAAGAAGAGAGAACAAGGGAGGGCUGGCAACGUUACUACUUUGAGGGCAUUAAACAGACAUUUGGCUAUGGAGCCCGAUUGUUUUAACACUGGCUGUUGCAGAGAGUCUCUACCCAAAGAUUCUGCCGUGUGAACUGAUUUGCUUCUUGUCUGUCCCUUUCUUAUCCUGUGUUUCACUGUUGUGACAAGCAGGAUGGCAGGAUGGCCUUGAAGGCCGCUGAGCAGCGCAGAUUCCAAUCCUUUACUGCUAGUGCAUGUCUCCUGCUGUAGGGGAUUCAAAAGGUGGAUUCUCAUAAAUGUACAUAAACUCAUAUUGCUAAAUAAACAUAACUUAAAGACAA